GUUCCGGACUCUUGAGUUUCCCCCGCUGUGUAGUUGACCUCGUGCUUUAGGCAGUGCGGUCGUCGAGUUGAUAAGCCGUGUCAGUAAUCUCUUUUAACAAUUUAUUUCAGACAGACAGAUCAAACACACAAUUUCCUCCGACGUGGAGUACAGACAGCGGCCAUCAGCGCACCUGAGUGACGCCAGUCAAUCAGCUACAGCACCUUUCCCAUGCUCGUGCAUCAACAACAGACGAAUGGUGUGACUGACAGUCGGCUUCCUUUUCUAGUGUUGUGUUGGUUGUUAGGGUUGUUGUGACUCCUGAAGUCUGCCACUAUGCAGCCUGGAGGAGCACACAAUGCUGUGUGUGGCCAGAGCCUGCUGUCCAACUCCCUUAGGGUGUAUCUGAACAACAAGAACAGACUGCAGCCCAUCAUCGGUCUGGGCUGCGUGACAGAAUGUGUGACAUUCGGCAGGGACUCUGAGGCAGUGUACCUGUGUGAGGUGUGUGUGUGUCGUCUCAGUAAGGCUGACGUCAGGAGCCACAUCAUGGGGAGUCUCCACAGAUACAACUACAUUAAAGUCCAUCACCCUCACUUUGUGUCAGAGUGGAAGCAGAGUUCUCCUGACCUGUCCAAGCUGGCCCGGCCUCUUAUGGAGAUGGCUCAAAUACUAGAGAAGAGAGAAGGAACCGGGGACGUACAGGUGCUGAAGUUGGAUGCUGAGAUGUAUGAGGAUAUGACAUCACACAGCGAGAGUGAUGCUCUCAUCCUCUUGCAUGCCAUCAGGACUGGGAGGGAGCAGAGAGAUCUUCAGAGCCAAUCAGUGAAGACAUCAGUCCAGUCAGAGUAUCUUACCAUUCAGUCACAGAGAACCGUGAUAUCACCUCGGAGGCUCUCCGUCCAACCAGAGAAGCCUGUUGUCCAACUUGACAACCGAACCGUCCUAUGGAAAAGUCCGACCGCCCGAAGUCGGAACUCAUCUAGCCAAUCAGAGAAGUCCCCUGUGUUGCAGCAGAGUGUCUCUAUCCAAUCACAGCUUAGUUCGUGGGAGGAGGAAGGGUUUCUCCAUGGAAGCAAGCCACUGAUUGGUGCUUCACUGAAGCGUCCUGCGUCACCAUGGCAGCAUGACCCCUCUCUUUCCCCGACCCCAUAUGUCACAGCUGGAAGUCAGACGUCACUGGGCGGGCCUGAGGGGAAGGGGGCGGGACUACAGGGGGUUCCUGCAAAGCUGAUUCGCUGUGAGCCGGUGUUCAAGGUCAGUCUGUCUAUGAAUGACGGCCCCUGGCUGUUGGAAAGAAACUCCUUCGGCCUGGAAACCUCCCCCUCCUCCCUCACACAUGCCUCACCCCUUCACUCCCCCACCGUAGAUGCCUUACCCCAACCCCCUCCUGCUCCCUCGCAUUUGCUUGGCCAGCCGGGAAACUCAGUCGCCGCAAGACUCAGAAACACACAUGAAAAUACACACACCAUGGAAUACACACACACUCCGACUAUGAGACUGGGCCCAGCCAUACCUGAUCAGCAGCUGACUACGGGAGACGAGGACACCGACACAGACUCUCUGUAUCUCGGAGGGGAACAGAGGUUCACCGUCUCUGCUUUGUACCCUGGCAGAGAGGAAAACACAACUGACGGUCUGUACUUGGUCAGAAAGGAAAACAGUACUGACUGUCUCUACUCAGUCAAAGAGCAAAACAGUACUGACAUGGUGUACCUCAGGAGAGAGCAGGACCGAACUGACCAUCUAUAUUCAGAGAAUGACCGACUCACUGACACAAAGUUCCAUGUCCGAGUGGGGCAGAACAACCGACAAGGCAGGAUUGACCCCGGUCUAGCCUGUGCCAGAGACCUCAUCACUGACACAGCGUCUGUUGCCGGACCGAUUCUCUUCACUACUGGCCGUCUCUCGAAGGAAAGCUUGACCAACACUCCUCUAAUGGACGAACAGCAACAGGAGGAGGAGAGGGGAAAUAAGUGUCGUUCUGGGGCACAGAGACUUGCAGAGGAUGACAGGACAACUGACAGUCUGUACUCUACUGGAGAGAGGAUAACGGACAGUGGGUUUUCCACAGGAGAACGAUCAACUGACAGUCAGUCCUUAACAACAGAAGUGACAACUGACCGUUGGUAUGCUACAGGAGAGGGGCUAACUGACCGUCAGUUGAUGGAGGAAGAGGAGCAGUGCAAAGCUGAAAUUCAGAAUGGAGUUGGGCUCAUCGUGGAGGUCAUGGUGGAGGAGGGGGAGAGAUGGGGAGGAAAGGGUAGAGAGAGGGAGGAGAACUCUGACUUUUACCACCAACAGUAUUUGCAAGGCCAGCCUCCACAACGGCCCCAGGCGCAGGGGUUCACAGGAACUCAUAGGGGUGCCGUAGGGCUUCAUAUGGUUGACACAGCAGAUCUCAGACAUGACAUAGCCCUUCAUAGAGAUCAGGCAGGGCCAGUCCUUCACCGAGAAGAGAUGAGCAGUCGUAUGGGUGACAUGGCAGCCAUGCAGCAGGUGCAGUUGCAUGAGGCGGAGUACAGAGGAGCAUGGACCUACGGAGGCACACCGCUGACCCCUGACACCUAUAGAACAGAUCCGCAGGGGUACGAGACACACCCUGACCCUUGCCCCUACCCGCCUUUCCCAGAGGGCCACAGAAUUAACUGUGACCCCUACCAAGUGGUUUCUGAUUGGUUCAGAACCACCCCUGGCCCGCAGUUCCUUCACUCUAACCCUGACGAGUUCACACCCCAGGCCCUCCCGUACCCUCACCAUACACUGACCCAGGGGAUUGGACCCCAUACCCACUCUGGUCCCUUCCCCAGGAAGAUGGGGGGCGUGCAGCCACAGGAGUACAGAAGGCUCCCCAGUCCCCCGUGUGUUAUGGUGUAUAGAUCUAGACCCCGCCACCCUCAGCCCUUCUAUCCAGGACGUGGAGGGUACCAGUCCCCCCGGCACGGCCCAACCUUCCCCCCCAGACCUCCCCACUACAGAGGAGCCUACUGGGGCCACAGCCCUGCCCGAGAUCCAUGGGCAGCCCCAGGACCAGGACCUCCCUGGGUCUAACUACCACACACUAUACAUAAAACCACCAGGAUGGGUAUUUGUGGUGCUUUAGACUGACUUAUGUUUUAAAUGGACAGGUGUUUUGUAUGUUUGUUUUAUACACUCUAGGUUCUAUUGUUUUUAUAUCUGUCUUAUACACUGGAUGGGAUUCUGUUGGUUUAAGUGCUGAUUUUGGGUUGUUGUAAAUUGAGGUACCUCCCCUGUCAACAUGAUUUGAUUUCAUUACUUCAUAUAACUUUCAACGAUUCAACUCACCGGUUCAAUUCUGUUACCGAUUCAGAUUUAUACAAGACUUGUUUGUUUUAAGUUGUUUGUCUGCUGCUGUCGAGUCAAGAUGGAGCUGAGAUAGAUAGAUAGAUGGACAACACGUUGAACACUGGCUCAGUUAUGUUAUAUUAUAUUAUGAACUCCUCAGUUUGUGAAACACUGCUUCAGCCAACUACUGAGACACCAUGAAGGAAAAUAAUAUAUAUUUGAUUUUUCUACAAAAAAAAGUUAAUGCAAAGAUUUUUCUAAAUGUAACCUAAGGUUUAUUUUUCACAAUUAAGGGGGAUCAAUUAGGGGUCCAACAUUGACCUUUCCAGAACUGUCCAGAAGGAGUCGCUAUAUUAGUUUAAUCAGUUUGACCAUCUGAGGGAAGCAGAGCUGAAUAAGUUGUUUAAAAUGAGGGUCAGAAACACAGGAGGACUUGUUAAAGUAAACAGUUUAAUUUUCAAACGUUUUUCACACUUGCCAUGUGUGCUUCCCUCUGGAAGUUGGGUUUAUUUCAGCGUGACUUAACAGCUCUGGCCAGUGUUACACUUUGACUUUGGCUCGUACUAGUGGCUCUAAUAAUUCAACAAAUGGAACCAAAUCUAAUCAGUUAAGACACUUUAAUGGUAUUAUUGUUCAUUUAAAGAUGUAUUUCCCCAAAAUGUUUAUGUGCAGAACUUACGACAGACUCCGAGCCGCCUCUUCCUAUAGGCAGACUACGCACUGCACAUUCUUUUUAGGAACUCAGUCGGGGUCUCAACUUACUUUUUGAAAGUUAGAAAAGUAGAAUGCACAAGGUGCAAUUUUGAAGUUUUGUAGUGUAUCAGCAGUUUUCCACUUAGGACAGUCGCUCAAUGAGCCCAUGUCAGCAAAACAUUUUAAGAUUGCUAGGUAAGGUAGUUGAGCCAUGGGCCCUGACCUGACCGAGUGCUGUAGCGCGUAAAGAUCGUCUCUCCUCUGUUGCAACACUCACUACAGAGUUCCAAACUGCCUCUGGAAGCAACGUCAGUACAAUAACUGUUCGUCGGGA